CAGGUUUUGCAGAAGGCUCUUGAAGUAUGGGACCUUCAAGCUAUCCCCUUCGACUCUCCUGUCGCCGAAGUAUCGAAGUACGAACCCGAGCUCGAAAACGCCUUCAUCUGCCAUCUCCAGAACCACUGGUUCUGCAUCCGAAAAGUAAAUGGAGAGUGGUAUAAUUUUAACAGUCUCUAUCCCGCCCCCGAACAUCUCUCCAAGUUCUAUCUAUCCGCUUACUUAGAUUCCCUCAUGGGAUCUGGCUGGAGCAUUUUCUUAGUUAGGGGAAUGUUUCCCAAGGAAUGCCCAAUUCCAGUUUCUGAUUCUACUAAUGGUUUUGGACAAUGGCUGACUCCAGAUGAUGCGAAGAGGAUAACAAUGUCUUGCAACCAGCUCCAAGUUCCUGCAUCAGGAGUUGCUUCUACUCCUACUAAUCAAUCAGAUGCUGCAGCUGAUUCGAUUGAGCAGCAGGAAGAGCAGGAUCUAAGAGCUGCAAUUGCAGCCAGUCUUAUGGAUGUUGGUGUUGGAAAUAGUGGAGGAGAUGAUGAUAUGAGGAGCCCUGUGGCUUUGAAGAUCGGUAUGGCGAGCUCGGCUUCUGGUUUGGAUGAGGAGGGUGGCGAAGUUUGUAUUGAUGGGGGUGUUGAUGAGACCGAGGAGUUGGAAAACAGGAACUUGUUGAGUUCUACUUUACAGGGCAAAGAAAAUGUUAAUUAAGGAUUUUAGAGUUUUAUUUUGAGGAUUGUUGCUGAUGAAGUCUGGAAUGGACUAUUGUUUCUGUAGUUGAAAAGAAGGCUUUGUCACAGCAAAUUUUCUCUGAAAGUUUAUUGCUUUUCGGAUUCUCUUUAUUUGUUGAAAUAUGCUGUUAAGGUUCCAUGGUGGUAACUUCAACUUUUGUGUGGGUAAUUGGAUGUU